AUGCCCACCAUCUCGGCCGCCCGCUACGGCAAGGACAAUGUCCGGCUGUUCAAGACGCACCGGGACCCCAAGACGGGCGUGCACACGAUCAACGAGACGGUCGUGCGCGUGCUCCUCGAGGGCGACAUUGAGCCGUCGUACACGCACGCCGACAACUCCGUCGUCAUCGCCACCGACUCGAUGAAGAACACCAUCUUCAUCAUGGCCAAGCAGCACCCGGUGACGCCGCCCGAGCUCUUCGCCGCCACGCUCGGCGCCCACUUCCUCGCCACGUACGGCCACAUCCACGUCGCCAACGUGCGCGUCGUCACCACGCGCUGGACGCGCAUGCACGUCGACGGCCGGCCGCACCCGCACAGCUUCGUCAAGGAGGGCGAGGAGAAGCGCAACGUCGACGCCCGCGUGUCCCGCCGCGACGGCAUCGCCAUCAACAGCGGCAUCUCCGACGUCACCGUCCUCAAGAGCACCGGCUCCGCCUUUCACGGCUUCGUCCGCGACGAGUUCACCACCCUGCCCGAGACCUGGGACCGCAUCAUGUCCACCGACGUCGACGCCAGCUGGGACUGGGACGUCUUUGCCGACCUGGCCGCCGUCCAGGCCGCCGUCCCCAAGUUUGACCCCGCCCACGAGGCCGCCCGCAACAUCACCUUUAAGCGCUUCGCCGAGGACAACAGCGCCAGCGUCCAGGCUACCAUGUACAAGAUGUCGGAAGACAUCCUCAAGGCCGUGCCUGAAGUGAGCAAGGUCUACUACUCGCUUCCCAACAAGCACUACUUUGAUCUUGAUUUGAGCUGGCACAAGGGCAUCAAGAACUUGGGCAAGGAUGCCCAAGUCUACGUUCCCCAGACCAACCCCAACGGUCUCAUCAAGCUCGAAGUCUCCCGCGAUGGACCGUCCUCCAAAUUGUAA